AUGACUAAUGCCGUGUCAAUUUUUGCACUAGACUCUGAUAGCGAGGAAGAUGAUAACCUUCAUCACAACAUUGGUUUGAACAAACAAAAAAGUAGAGCCAAAGGAUUGCCACCCAGUGGCCAAAAUACUGCCGCCAAAUUAGUCGGUAGAAGAGUUUGGGCCAAAGUUGCAGUAUCACAUUCGAAUGGCUUUUGCAGCAUCCGAAACUGCAAACAUGAUUCUCUCCAUCCGAAUCAUGCUUGCAUUCAAUGUAAAUGCGGAGUCCACAAUUUGUGUGUACAGGAAAAUAUGUUGAUGUCAAUUAGCAAGGAAGACGGUCACUGGUACUGUUCCAAGGAAUGCGGCGGAAGCGACGUUCUGGCAACACACGAUGUGGGAGUUCGACAAGUAGCAACACCAACAUCAACACCAACUACAACUACAACACCAAGAAGUACUGAGGGAGCUAAAAUUCAAGAAGAGAAUUUACUAGCAGCCGAAUUCGAAGACUGUGUAGUUGAUCUUGCUUGCCCUCCUCAGGCAGAGAUAUCCAUUUCGUCACUUGAAGAGCUUGAGGAAUCAUCUGAGGAGCUUGAGGAGCUUUUUGAAGACUCCGAUGAUAUGGAUGAUUUUGAGCUUGAGGAGGGACUUGAGGAGCUUGAUGAAUCCCAUGACAUUGAUGAGUCUGAGCUUGAGGGAUCGGGUGACAUGAUGAGCGGCAGGUACGACGCUCAGCUAUCAGAAUUCGUCGUUGGUUAUGAUGCCAUGCAAUUCAACAUAACUGUACCGGUACUUACUAUGCCAAAAUAA